UUCUUAUAUAAUGUCAUCGCCAAUGCCCACAUCAUACGAAUCAACCACAAGUUCUUAUAUAAUGUCAUCGCCAAUGCCCACAUCAUACGAAUCAACCACAAGUACUAAAUUAUCAACACCACACAUAAUGCAAACUGAAAAGGUUUCCGACGUUCAGUCAACUCUGUUAUCUCAAAUGCGUGUUAAUACCAAAUAUCAUGCUUUGAGCAGGCCUGCAUCACCGACAAAUAAUUUACCGCCAAGAGAAACUGUGACACCAGGUGUUUCUGGUUCUUCAGGAUUUGUGAGAAUCUGGUGGAGAAAUUUUCCAGAAUAUGAAGAAUAUGGAAGAAUAGCUUUUGCCUCUUGGAUUGCCUUUAGUUUUUUUGCUUAUUUGCUUUUGUUUAGGAAUUAA